ACGUUUGGCUUGCCACACUCCCAGUAGUUCCUGAGUGAUUUUACUUUGAUGUGAAAUUGAUGAUUGUUCCGUACUUCACACUCGUCUCGUAAAUUCGUGAAUACGUGUCAAGUGACCAUAUUUUGACCUUCGCACUAUUUCUCAAUAUUUGUAAAUCUUAUUUUGCCAUGGAGGAGACAAAGAAUUUAAUUUACAAAAAAGUAUCCAAUUUGAAGGCAACCACUACACAGAAAGAAUUAGCAGAGGUUUAUGCUGAAUGGGGACCUACUUAUGACAAGUUAAUUGAUGAUCUUUCUUACACUGGACCAGCCAUUGGCGCUGCAAAGUUGAAUGAAAAAUUGAAAGAACUUGGCCACGAUAACAACGUGAGUAUUGUUGAUCUUGGUUGUGGCACAGGAUUAGUAGGUGAACAACUGUACAAUCUUGGAUAUAAAAAUAUUGAUGGAAUGGAUCUCAGCGAACACAUGCUUAAAGUUGCCGAAGAGAAAGGUGUUUACAGAUCUCUUCAUAAAGGAAUAAUGGGAUCAGAUGGCUCUGUUGACUUAGGAGUAGAACCUAAGCAGUAUGAUGCUGUGAUAUGCGUGGGCGUUUUUGCUUCCGGUCACGUGAAAGGUGAGGGAAUGAACGACUUUCUUUUUGUUGUCAAAGCUGGAGGGCUCAUAGUGUUCAACAUUAACGAAUCAGUGAUUGAAGAUUCCGACUAUAAAUAUCACGAGAAAAUGGAGGAAUUAUCGAAUCAAGGGAAAUGGAAACUUUUGCUUAAAACUUAUGAGCGAAAAUAUAACGCCCAUCGUGGAGCGUACUUUUAUGUAUAUCAGAAAAUAAGAGACUGAUAGCUGAUUGCCAAAAUAUUGCUGACAUUAAUGAGAAACUUUCCUUUUUAUUGCUAACAACAAUAAAAGACAGAUAAUAAAUAGCGUUUAAGUUCGACAAUAAAUGUAAUAAAUGCGUAUAUGAUAAAUAAACAUAAAAAUUCUCUAGUAAAUACAACUAACAAGAGGAAAGGUGUGCUCACCUAUUAUGGCAGUGAAUAGUUUGAAGUUAAUUAUAAUCUAUUGUAAGCUGAUAAAAUCUCGAAACGUUAAUCAUGUCGUAAAGCGUUGGAAAGUGGAAUAAAGAGUUUACCAUAUUGCCAUUCA